UGCUGCCCUUUGUAAUCAUGAGUCCUUGUGCCAUCAUUGCUAUAUAAAAGUCUCUCUCUUUCUCUCUCUCUCUCUCUCUCAUUCUCUCUCAUACAAACACAAGAUCACAGCUAUAUUAUAACACUUUUUCUUUCACCCUAGUAGUUUCCUACCAAGUUCUUAUCACCUAUAAAAACCCCUUGUAGCCUAUUUGUUACACCUCACAAUCCAUUUUUUGUUUAUUUGUUAUUCUGUUUUGUGAGUGAACUUUUAUUCUCAAGCUUAUAGCUCUUCUUCUCUGAAAGGCCUUGGCUUUUUAGAAGGGAAACAGCAUGUGCUCUUUCUCUUCAAAACAGACCCUUUGUGGCCCUCUCCUUUUGGCACUUCCUCGUCCAUGGCCAUCUAAGAGACACCACAGGCACCUUCGGUUGGGCCUGCUCCAAAGAAGGAGGGCACACUUGAAAGAAGCGAGACAGAGGAAAAGGAUGGUUGUGGUGAAAGCUGAAAUUCAGAUGAAAAACUUGAAAUUGUACAUGGAGAAUCAAACAAUCAUAGAGGAGAAUGAGAAGUUGAGGAAGCGAGCCAUGCUUCUGCACAAAGAGAAUCAGGCCUUAUUGUCACAGCUCCAAAAGAAGCUUUCAGAACAGACCAACAAUACCAACAAUAACUAGCUAUUAGCUGAUUUAUAUAUACAGUUUAUUAGUGUGGUGAGAGUAGGAGAAAUCGAAGGGUCCGUGUCAAUGAUCCUUUUCUGAUGUUAGCCCUGUAUCUUGUUGACUUUGCAUCUUCUUUUUUGUUUUUUGUUUGCAUCUUAGUCGGAGCCUUGGAGGUUAAAUUAAUUAAUUUUCUAGCAAUAAGUUUAGAGUGGUGUAAUAAAGAUAAAUAGGUAAUAUGCCAAUUGUAAGCAUUACAUGGAAUAUAGAAUUGUGCAACGUUGUGGUAGUUUUUUUAAA